UUUUUUUCAACCAGAAAAUAGGAGAGAAAGAAUGAAUGGUGAAGGUACAAGUAGCAGCAACAAAAGCAACAACAACAACAAUUCUUCUUCAAGAAAAAAACGUUUUAAACAAUUAAUUCAAUGUAGAAGUUGUAAUUGUUUUGUAUUAGCAAAGGAUAUUGAUAAACAUUCAAAAUUAAAUAAUGAAGCUACUACAACAGCAACAAAUUUAUCAGAAUCUUGUAUAGUGGAAACUCCUAAAUUAUUGGUACAGAAACGAGUAAACAAGCAAAAUACAACAAGGAGUAAACGUCCUUCAUCAACCGGAACUUUUAAUUGUAAUAAUUCUGAUGGUUUUAUUUCUACCCAAAUAGCGUUAAUUGAACCAAACAAUGGAAUGGCUCUUGAAUUACAUUCUUUAAAAGAUGAAGCAGAUUGGGAAAAAAAUUUUCCUAUGGAAUUGUAUGGAUGGCUACGAAGGCAUUCUGCUUUGGUUAAUCCUGAAAUGCUUUCUGCAAUCUCCGCACUUGCUAGAACUGCUUUUGCUAUAAUUUCGGAGGAGAAUGAAAUACCUUUUGCUGUUGAUAUUGUUAUACUUUGGCCUUGUAUUGAGAUCCCUUUAAUGCAAAUUGCCUUCCCUCCAACAUUUCAACAAACAUUAGAUUCUUCACUUAUUCGUUUACAAUUAAUUAAAUCAUUUGGACAACCUUUACAAAAUAUUUUAUUAAAGCCUGAUUUAUCAAAAAAUGAAAUAAAAUUACAAGAAUGGUCAAAAUUGUCAAAACUUGAAUUUUUUGUACAUUUUGUAAAAUGUUAUUUUGGAAAUGCUUUAAUUUUUAAAAAUUUGAAUUCGACACAGAUUGAAUAUUAUGGACGCAAAUUAAAUUUUAAAAUUUAUUCUGAAGAGGAAGAAGAUGAUGUUGAAGGGAAUAUUGAAAGAAAAAUGGAAUCAUUAUGCAAAAUUGAAGGUUUAUUUAAUUAA